GCUUCCCAUAAAUACCAGCCCUCUCUUUCUCCCUCUCUUUCUCCCUCCCUCUCUCUCUUCAUUUCCCUCCUCGUUAUACUCACUACUUACUUACUUACCUUCUUACUUACUUACCUACCAACUUUCUUACCUACUUGCUUGCUCUACCCUUAACCCAUACUGAUUCCACACACCCGAUGCAGCAGCAUGAACAACACGACAUCGAUACCAUCGCCACAACCGCCGCCCCGCCGGGCCCCGCCACCCAGCCGUUGACCAACACCCUCCCCGCCCUCAACAGCCUCGACCCUGCUCUGCCCUCGCCCCACACCCCCGCCCAUCCCAUCCCCAACCCUGCUGCGCCCAACCUCCCCAACCGGUCCUCAACAGACCUCAACAACACCACCAACACCAACAACGCCUUGAACGUCCACACAAAGGCCGCUCGACGAGCUUCUAUCACCGACACAGUCCUCGCUGGUGCAGCCACAGCAGCAUCCAGUGCCGCCACUGCCGCCUCAUCGGUCGUUGCUGCUGCCAGGAAACUGGUCCUCCAUAACGAGGACGGCAAGGAAGGCCUGGACGCUGUGACGGAUUCCUCAGACGACCAUCAUGGGCUCGAGUUCUCGCAGCGCCAUCUAUCGGCGAGAUCGCGCAAAAAACGUCCGCAAACACCUACCGCUGCUCCUAUCGCCUCCAUCGACAACUCAACCCCCAAUACGAAUGCAAACACAAACACAAACACAGACACAAGCAGCAACACAAACCCGAUCAUAAACACUAUCGGCAACCCCAAUGAUUCUGUCACAGGUGUCACCAGCCCCUCCACUGCAUCGGGCUUGAAUGUCAUCAACAGUGGGGUCGCGACAGAGACGAGACCCAGUGUGGCCUCUAGCGGCAUCAGCACCCCCGUCCACUCUUCCGACUUGGACGCAGCUGGCGAUAGCAUAAUGGUGGUUGGCACGCCCGCCGCGACGGAUGCUCUGACGAAGGGUGUCGAUCCACUCUCGCAUGGUCCGGACAUGGUGUCCAAGGGUCAGGGUGUCGCUGCACCUUCCGACAGCAUCGCGGGGCCGACAGAUCAAGGGAGGAGUCUGCUGGAUCGAGAGCGACCCAUCGAUGCUGCGAACGCACCGACAAACAGUGGAAUUGAUUCUAGCAACAACAGCAACAAUGAGAAGGGCUCCGACGACAACGACAACAGAGCCUGGGGGCCCUCCCCGACUCGCUCUGCUCACCCCAUCAACACCAUGUAUGUAUCACAUCGUGGCCCGGACAGUAUACCCCACCAGGCCAUGAAUGUUGAUCUGCCUUCGGUUUCCCAUACCCUCGACUCCCCCUCAACACGCACGGGAAUGGGCGUGGAUGUGCCAAGGCUCGUGGGCGAACCUGCUGAUCCACACAAUCGUCAGAAGGGCGGCCUCCACGUCGACAGCGGCCACAAGAAGAUCCACAACGCGGACGGACACGAGAUCCAUGUGCCGCACCACCAUCAUGAUGACGACAGCGAACUCGGAUCGUCUAUCCAGACAUCCAAGGACAACAGCAAGGUGAUUUAUGGCAACGACCAUCACAGGACCCAAAACGGCCUACCGGAGGCCAAGGCUGCGAUCAACAAGAACCCCUUUGAGGCCCAUAUGAGUCAUCAUCGAGACUCGGUCUCGUCGGGCAUGAAUGUUGAUCACCCUGUCGUCCCUACGUCCAAGCUCGCCGGAUCUGGCUCCUCGGACAUCACGAACCAUAACCGACCUCCUGGCACUUACAAUUCUGCCAUCAAUGUCGAUAGAGCUGGAGCGUCCGAUGUCAAGAGAUCAGGCAUGGGCGUCGACAGCCCUGCGGUUGUCACCCAUCACUUGGCACACGCACAUGAUCAUCUCCAAAAUCCUGCCAGACGCAGCUCCAGCAUCUUUUCUAGUGCGAGUCAUAAGUCUCGCUCUUCGGAAAAGAAGCUUAAUAGUGGAUCUUCCCCCACUGGCACGAAUCUUGACAACCAAGUCGAUGGCGACCGCGAGAAGGGCAUUGGAAAGCUCAAGAACGUGUUCCGUCGGCGUAGUUCCUCCCGAACCCUGGAUUCUGUCAACAGUGCUACCAAGGCCUCAGGCGGUGUAGUUGCAUCUGGUCUUGCACAGGAUGCCACCUCAGCCAAGCAGGGACCCUUAUCCAAUUCACCCUCAUCCUUGACACAUCCUUUUUCUGUGCCAGCUGGAUAUGAAGGCCCAAUUCCUCAAGUGGGACAGGACGAAGAAGUCAUUUGGGUCAAGAGGAUUAUCCAAACCGAGUACUAUGACGACAGCGGCAACGACAAUGAGGAAGGAGGUACUGCCACAGCGGAAGUGCAACACCAUGAGUCUAAUCAGGACAGUCGCCAACACAUGUCUUUACUUGAUCGUCUGCGUGGCCGCCACCAUCCCUCUGUCAAAGGAAAGCAGCGCGUGUAAAAAGCGAGCGAGCGAGGACUUGAGUUUUUCUUUGUCAUAAUAAUUUGGUCCGCUUUUAUUUUGUUCAUGAGCAAUAAAAGAGAAAUUCAUGAGGAUGAUAUUAAAGUACAGGACAUUGGAUUAAUAAUACAAAAUCUGAAGAAGAAGUAGAGAAAUGACAACGCAAAGUGAAAAAAAGUGAGGAUUAAAAAAAAAA